AUGGGUCCCACCAAACCAACUCUCCGUCCAUUGACGACUCCUAAGAGCAUGGUCUUUCCAUCCGAGCUCCGCGAGCGAACCUUCACCACAUGCCUUGACCCAGACAGGUCAUCGUCCAUCGUGGGAAAAGGAACCAGCAGCACCGAAGACAACGAGGCCUCUAUCACUCCUCCACCAGCAUACACAGACUUCGUGAACACCUUCAGUCCUAUCUUCUCCAGUCCCACAACAUCCCGUGCCAACUUCUACAAGUACAUGGUCGACAAGCCUCGUCACUCCCCCACUUCCACCACCCCCUCCAGCACCACGUCGACCAACUUCCCGAGUGGCCAGCCAUCGAAGAACAACAGCACCACUGCGGUCGUCCCUCAUCUUACACAUGGUCAACGUAUGCGUCUACCACCGCCGUAUGUCUGCACACCGGUGUCAGACUCCCCGAGGAGUGCACACCCCCUCCACUCUCCUUUCACCUCAUCGGAGUAUAGAGGUCGUCCCUUCGAGUCUCCGGUCAGUGAGGCGGGAAACUCUUUCAGUGUUCGUCAUGUGGUGACCACGACCAUCACGUACAAGCGGGCUCCUCAGCUUGAUGCACCGCCGCUGGGCAAGAAGAGAAAGAAUCUCAAGCGUCGUAACACUUGA